AUGGAUGUCAAUGUCCAGUUCAUGAGCGAUACAGCCGAGCGGCGACGUACUCAGAAUCGUCUAGCUCAGCGCAAGUUCCGUGAGAAGAAGAAGAAGCGGAGGGUGGCAGAAAAUGCCGUUGCGACGCCUCAAGAACGGUCACAAUCGAGGUCAACCGCCAACAACAAUCGGAGUUUUUCAAGUAACCCUUUGCCUUCGUUCGAAAGUGCAAGUGCAAUUCCUACACUGGCGGGAGCUUUGCCGCUAGAAGAAAUUCCGAUCGCUAGCACGGAUGCAGGAACUGUAGACAACUUUGAUCUCGAUGCGAUAGACCAGUUUUUGUACCAAACCAACCAUGAUUUCUCCUUCACUUGGUCCGCUCCAUCGCCUGUCCGGUCAAACGCGACACAACCGGAUCUCACCCAAAGCAAUUCACCUGGUCCCGGCUCACGCAAGGCACCCCUGAGCAACACAACAAGUGAUAAUUCGGCGUCGCUCUCUCAACCUGGGGAUAGCCACAGCCUGCCACUACAUCACAUACCAUCCACUUCUGAUAUUUGCCCGGAGAGUCUGGCCCCCCAGCCUACACAAUCACCCAACUACGAUACGGUAUUGGAACUCAUCACAUCGGCCAGACAUGAUAAGGGAUGGAUUGGAACGCUUCACAUCGCCGCUCAGAAGGGCUACGAGAAAAUUGCUCGAGUUAUUUUACUCCAGGAUAACAUAGAUGCAAACAGUCAAGAUAGCGACGGUCGCGCACCCUUGAUACACGCAGUCAUUGAGAAUCACGAUUCUAUAGUCCGCCUACUACUAUCCCACGGUGCUCGGAUAGGCGUUUAUGAUUGUGAUGGUCGCUGCGCACUGCACUGGGCUGUGUUGCAUCAGCGACUCGAGAUACUCAAGCAAUUGCUCGAACAUCGCGCCAAGUACGAACCCGGUUUGGAUAUUGAUGUAUACGAUAAUUAUGGCUGGACCCCAUUGCAUAUGUCCGUGGAUAGGGCUUUCGAGGGUGGAAUCUUGAUGCUACUCCAGGAGGGCGCAGAUAUCAACGCUAAAGCACAUAAAUGUCCGUACACGGGCAAGAUCCUGCCAAUGAUGGAUGGGUAG